AUGUCUGAUCAAGGUUCAACGUAUGCUGUACUUCAAAGUGUACCAGUGAUGGUCUCUCCACUUUAUAAACUACCAAAGAAGGUACUAGUCGCCUCAGAACUGAAAAUGGUGCCUGAUGAUGUUUCCAAAUUGCCCGCUUAUCCAUUUGCCGUGGAAAGAGAGGUGAUUGCACAAGUAGAAGCUGCUAGGAAAAAGGCAUUUGAAGCAGAAGAAGCAUUCAAAUUACAAAAGCAGCAAUAUGAGCAAGAGAAAUUGGAUAAGCAGAAGAUGGCUGCCAGAAAGAUUGCACCAGGAUUUUUAGAUACGGAUACCCGCAUUUUACAGCCUCAACAAACCUACGUCUAUGAACAUCCUGCUGCUGCUGCCACCACUAGUGAAGGUAGCCAGAACGGGGAAGAUAGUCAUAGCGAUUCUACCUCACCCAGCAUGCUACAGCCUGCAUUGAACGGCCAUUAUCAACAGGAUACAAAGACAGCGGUGCCUACGGACAUUGGCCCUGAGAAACACUUUGAUUACUUGAAAUUUGAGCAAGGAUUAGCUCCAGCAGAUCCUUGGGAUACACCAGAGAACGAUAUGGUCGCAUUGAGAUCUAUCCUCGGUAGUCCCAAGUCCAAUUACAAUCGAAGACGCACAUCAACUCCCCCGAGCUAUCCUCCUCAACAGUAUCAGCACUCUCCAUCACAACAGCAACAACCACUGCCACAACAUCCUAGGCCAUAUCAAAAGAAUGAAGGAGUGUACUGGAACUUUCAAGCCAACAAUAGCAACAGUACGAGUCCCAAUGGCAACGGCAGCUACCAACAACCACAGCCACAGCCUCAACCCCCACAUGUACGUCAAAUACAACACCAUGCAAAUUCAGUUCCUGCCUUACCCCCCAAGUUAUUCAAUAAUUCACCUUUGCCGACAUCUUCUACUUCAUCACCUAUUAUCUCUCCACCCACACUUCCGCCUCCAAGCGAUUAUCAUAAAUCUAUAUCCAACAGCAGUAUGCCCUCAAGUACUACAACGCCUCCACCACCUCCUUUGCCUCCUUUACCACUUCCCUCACAACAGCAGCAGCAACUACCGGCUCUACCUCAUGAGGAUUUGAUCAAUGAGUUGGGCAAUAUGGGCUUUACCAGAGCUCAGGCUAUAGAUGCAUUGGAAAAGAACGAUCAUGAUUUGAUUAAAGCAACCAACUUUCUGUUGGAUCAAGCUUAA